UAUGGUAAUGUGCAUUGGAUUUGGAAAGAUGGAUGGCCACAACCGGGUGUGGAGGAGAAUGGGAAGGGGGGGGUGGAAGUGAAUGGAGGACAUGAGAUUUUGGCGGUGGAUGGUGGUCUUGAACAAGCAGUUGUUGGGUUGGUGAAGAGUGGAAGGAGUAUUAGGAAGAGGACGGUCACGGUGGUGGUGGUGGUGGUGGAGGAGGAGGAGGAGGAGGACAACUGUGGUGAUGGGAGAGGCAUAAGUGGAUGAGGUCAAUUGGGUUGUGUAAUCAUGAAAGAGAGACGGUGAGAUCUGACUGUUGAUCUAGUUUGGGGUUCAAAGCCUAGGUGGUAGGACUUGCACAGGAACUGAUGAGUGAGAGUUGUAGGACAGGAUAGAGAACGAAGGUCACGUGGGUUAGGAUAGGAAGAAGACAAAACCCAGAAAGGGUGGUCAUUGGCACUGGAGACCAGACCAAGGCGUGGAAGACUGGGAAUUCUUAGCCCCACUCUUUC